UGGUUGUGAGAGGUGACUUGAUGGAGCACGCUGAUUGGCUCGGAAGUUCUUCGGGGGCCUAGAGGGUCGUGACUGCCUCGUCGAUCAACACCCUGCCGUCACACCAGCCUGCACUCACCCGUUUCCUCUCCCGAUCCACCUACGUGCUACAUCUUCUUUCUUCAGAGGUUGCAGUGCCCUCUUUUUCUUCUUAGCAUCCGCGUGUUGACUUGCGCGCUUCUCUCUACCCGCCCGCAACCUACCUGCGGCAGUGGACUGAACAAAGCGGCCGGCCACGCCACUAUCACCCUUCGAUAUCACUACCCCUCCCAUCAACCCACCAACACGCAACCCUCUCAGCCCAUACCGUCAGCUUCCAUCACCCAACACAGCUGCCUGACGCCGUCGAACCCUCCCGCACCCCCGCCAUCAUGUCGAAAACGAGCAGUGCGGCACGCCCGCCACCACCCAUGCCCACGUCAAAAGAUGACAUCGUCAACACCUGGAAUUACCUCGAGUGGGGAGUGGACCGGCUCAUGUACAGCCUCAAGGAUGGCGUGGAUCUCAAGACGUACAUGUCCCUCUACACCUCCAUCCACAACUUCUGUACCGCGCAAAAGGCCGUCACCCAGCACACCAGCCUCAGCAGCAACCACCGAGGCGCUCACUUGCUUGGUGAGGAGCUGUACCAUCGCCUCAACGACUACCUGAAGCGUCAUCUGGCCGGUGUCCACUCCGAGAUGGUCAAGCACUCCGACGAGGCCCUCCUCACAUUCUACAUCAAAGAGUGGAAGCGGUAUACCACCGCCGGCACGUACAACAACCAUCUCUUCAAAUACCUCAACCGCCACUGGGUGAAGCGAGAGAUGGACGAGGGAAAGAAGGACAUCUACGACAUCUACACCCUCCACCUGGUGCGGUGGAAGGAUGACAUGUUUGGCACGACGCAGAAUGCCGUCAUGGGUGCUGUUCUGCGCCUCGUGGAGAAGCUGAGGAACGGGGAGACGAUUGAACACUCCAAGGUCAAGGAUGUCGUGGCCUCCUUCGUUUCCUUGGGCAUCGAUGAAGCCGACAGCACCAAGCCGACUCUGGAUGUGUACCGGCUGUGCUUCGAGAAGCCAUACCUGGAAGCGACGUCAAAGUACUACGAAGCCGAGUCAGCACAGUUCCUCGCCGAGAAUUCCGUCGUCGACUACAUGAAGAAGGCAGAGAAGAGGCUGGAUGAGGAGAAGGAGCGCGUGUCUUUGUUCUUACUGCAAGAGAUCAUGCAGCCGUUGAUGAAGACCUGCGAACAAGCACUCAUCGCCAAGCACGCCGGUGUCAUGCGUGACGAAUUUCAAGUCCUCCUCGACAACGACCGUGAGGAAGACAUGGCUCGCAUGUACAAGCUGCUUGCUCGCAUUCCCGAAGGUCUCGAUCCUCUCCGAUCUCGCUUCGAAGCUCACGUGCGUCGUGCGGGCCAUCUCGCGGUGGAGAAGGUGGCAGAUCAAGGCGACAACCUCGACCCCAAAGCCUAUGUCGACGCGCUCCUGGAGGUGCAUGCACAGUAUGCUGCGCUGGUCAAGAACGCCUUCACAGGGGAGUCAGAGUUCGUUCGAUCGCUGGACAAUGCAUGCCGCGAGUACGUCAACCGCAACAAAGUCACGCAGAAGAACUCCACGCGGUCUCCAGAGCUCCUGGCCAAGCAUGCAGACAAUGUGCUCAAGAGGUCGACCAAGGCCACCGAGGAAGACGACAUGGAGCAGAUGCUGAACCAGGUCAUGACCGUCUUCAAAUACAUCGAAGACAAAGACGUCUUCCAGAAGUUCUAUUCCAAGACCCUUGCCAAGCGCCUCGUCAACGGCACCUCUGCCUCUCCCGAUGCCGAGACGUCGAUGAUUUCCAAGUUGAAGGAUGCUUCCGGCUUCGAAUACACCAACAAGCUGCAGCGUAUGUUCCAAGACAUGCAGACUUCCAAAGAUCUCAACCAGGCGUACGAUGAAUGGCGUAACGAGCACAUCGACGCCGAGGAUCGCAAGAAUGACAUUGAUGCCUACUACCAAGUCCUCGGCACCGGUUUCUGGCCGCUGCAACCGCCGGGCACGACCUUUGUCCCGCCGAAUGAGAUUGUCAAGACGUACGAGCGCUUCCAGACCUUCUACUCUAACAAACAUGCGGGUCGGAAGCUCACAUGGCUUUGGCACUUGUGCAAGGGUGAGAUCCGCGCGAACUACGUGAAGAUGGGCAAGGUUCCCUACACCUUCCAGGUCUCGACAUACCAGAUGGCGAUUCUGCUGAUGUUCAAUGAUUCGGACACUGUGAGCUACGACGAUAUCGCGAAUGUGACGAUGCUGCAGAAGGAGACGCUCGAUCCGUCGCUGGGCAUCAUGCUCAAGGCCAAGGUGCUCACCGCCAAGCCUGACGGCGCGCCGGCUCAGUCGGGCACGUCGUACACACUCAACCACGACUUCAAGAACAAGAAGGUCAAGGUGAACUUGAACGUGGCGAUCAAGGCGGAGCAGAAGCAGGAAGCGGAAGACACGCACAAGACGAUUGAAGAGGACCGCAAGAUGUUGAUGCAGUCUGCCAUCGUUCGCAUCAUGAAGUCUCGCAAACAAAUAAAGCAUGCCCAGCUCGUCAGCGAGACCAUUGCGCAGAUUCGGAGUCGCUUCAGCCCGAAAGUGCCGGAUAUCAAGAAGUGCAUCGACAUUCUGCUGGAGAAGGAGUAUCUGGAGCGGCUGGAGGGUGAUGAGUUGGGCUAUCUGGCUUAGAGUGGACACUCUCUACCUUUUCGCGAUGAGCCAUGUGGCAUGACGGGCGAGAAGACGGGCGAGAAGUCGGGGCAUGCAUUACGACAGAGUCCAUUUCGUUCAAUGAAUGGAUCUCAUACGAUGGUGGUGGACGGGGAUCGGUUGCACUUCUUAGCAUGGCGUAGGCGUUUCGUGGGCGCUGGAGCUAUUAUGGGCUCGCCGCGGCGGAACGGUGCGAGGUCUAGAUUAGGCAGUGCAUGUGUAUAAACGUCGGUCGUUCGAAA